AUGCCACAAUCUUUUCCACGCUCCUCUCUUAGGCGUUCAAGUGUUAAGGCUGCUCGCUCCUCCUCCUCAUCUUCCUCUCGUGGGAAGCUGAGUGUGCGGUGGGCUUUGGCGGAGGGAGAGGAGGGGAGUGAGGGAGUGGGGAGGAGGAGGAGUAGUGUGGCUCGAGUGGAGGAAGGGGAUGGGGAGGGAAUGGGUGAGGGGGAAGGGCUGAUAGGCGGAGAGGAAGGUGGGGAGAGAGAGGGGGAGGGGGGGGUUGAGGGGGAAGGAGAGGGACUGGGAGGCAGGAGGCGGAACGGGAAGUUGUUUCGAAUGUUGAGUGCCGAUUCUUGCGUUGGAGGGGAAAAUGGGGGUAGGAGUGGGGCGUAUGGGGGCAGGGGUAUGGAUGAGGGGAGCAGGGAUUGGGGGAGAGCGGGGAGAAGUAUUGGGGGAAGGGGGGGAUGGGGAGGGUCAAUGGGUUGGUGGCGGGGUUGGGGGAGAGAUGCAGCAGAGGGAGGGGGUGUGAGUGAUUGGGAGGAAGCAGGGCCAGGAGGAAGGGGAGGAGGAGGGCGAGGAGGAAGAGGAGCAGCGGGAGAGGGAGGAGGAGUGGGAAGGAACAUGGGAGGGAUAGUGGCAGAGGGAGUGGCUCUUUUGGAUGAUGAGGAGGUGGAGAGGAUGGAUGACGAGGUGAUUCAAGCGCUGUUUGAGCGAGUGGUAGAGGCACAGACGCAGCUGCACAAUCACAGGAACCUGCUCGCCUUCUCGCUCGUCACCUGCCUAGCUCCCUGCCUUCUUUUCUCCCUUUUCCGCCGCCCUCCUUGCUUGCACACAACGCUAUUUGAGCGCGUGGUGGAGGCACAGUCGUGCCUUCAGGUGCCAUCAGGUGCCUUAUAUGAUGCUCUGCUUUCAGAUGCCUUCAGGUGCUGUCAGGUGGUGCCGUCAGUUGCCUUCAGGUGGUGCUUUCAGGCUCAGUCCUUCCAGAGCUACCAGGUGGCCUCAGCUCACUCCAUCCUGCUGCCUCCUGUGGGCUUAUGGCUGCGCUGUCACCCUCUCUCACCCACUCUCACGUCCUCUCACGCCCUGUCAUCGCAACCCUCCCCACCAGGCUCAGACUACUCAGGGGACUCAAGCUACUCCUUCGCCAGCAGCAGCGACUUCUACACCUGGCUCAACAACAGCAUCAUUCAGGUCAUAUGGUCAGACCCUCAAUGUGGUGAUGGCACAUGCACGCCCCCCACAGAGUUCCCCGCAGUGGGUCGAUUCGGCUGCGCCCAGGACUGCGGUAACGCGCGUAACGUUACAACGGUGACGGUGGCGCUGCGGUGCCACUUCACAUCGAGGGAGGCCAUGCUGAGCAGCUCGUGGAACCUCUGCUCCACCGCCAUCCGAGACGUGUGCUGGUUCCAGGACCCCCAGCAAUUCACGGAGCUGACAGGCUGGUACACGGUCACAUUGCGCCUGCCAGACAACGACUGGUUUGUCUCCCUCACUGCUCCCAGCGGUGGCGUCGGUGUCUACGUGUACGAGUCCCUGGGGAAGAAGACAAGCGCCUCAGAGCCAGGCUCGUCCUCUGGUCUCAAUGGCUCAGGCUCAGCUGCUGAUGGCUCGAGUCAAUCUCCACCACCGUCGCCGCCACCCCCUGUUUCCACCGCCCCUGCCCCCACUCCCUUCCAACCAACUUCCUCCUCCUCCUCCCAUUCAUCCGCCUUCCCCUCUCCUCCACCCGCUUCCGCCACUGCUCCCUCCUCCUCUGCUUCGUCUGCCCCUUCGUUGUCCACGAAGGAGUAUCUGCGGCCAUCCAAUGGCACGGGGGCUAACGUGCUGCUUGCGAGCGUUGACGGGUGUGUGGAGGACGGCGAGAGUGGCCUGCAGCGGUGCAGACAGCAAUCUGCUCUAUGCUCCCCCUUCUCCUCCCUCCCGUCUCCUCACUCUCCUCUCCGCUUUCCCUCGCUUCUCCCAUGCCCCAGACCUGCGUGCAACGCCAUGCUGCCAGGGACUGCCUUUGACCCACCUGAUAACAUCACCUGCUCCCAGGCAUUCACUCUGUUCGAGGCGUCUCUGCAAACGCCGUCCUGCUCCGAUAUGCUCUCUGAGUCCCCUGCAGCAGCAACCCCCCAGCCGCCUACUGCAGCAGCAGCACCAACAGCACCAGCAGUGUCAGCAGCAGUGGAGACACCGAAGGCGACGAGUUCCCUUUCUGCUCGUUUGCUACUUGAACCCUCUGCUCCCGAUGAGCACCCCAUGUCCUCCCUGCACCCCUCUUGGCCUGCCGAGUCUCUCUUGAAUUCCUGGACUGGCAUGGCAUCAGUGCACCUGCACCACCAGCAGCUGAGGCAGAAGCCAAGGGAGGAGCGGACCGAUGCUUCUACCCUCCACGCCCCUCACAAGAGUUCCCUCACAGCCAGCGCUGUUCGCUCCAGCCGCCAGCUCUUUCCCUCUCCUCCAACUUCCUCGUUCAUUCCAGCAACCUCCUCCCAACUAAUCACAGAAGCCCAGCGGCUCGUGUGGGAGAGCCUCGGAACAAUGGACAGCGAGCGAAUUAGAGCGUGCCAGGUGGCGGUGGCGCGGGCACUUCCCUCCCGACGCUUCUCUGCCGCCCAGCAGGCUCUUUUCGUCCACAUCCUCGUCAUGGCGCUGCAGUCAGUCGUGCAGAAGAUGCCAAGCGAUGCCGUCCAGGCUGCCACCCACCUGCUCCACAUCUUCAACGAUGCAGUGGUGUCGCCAGACGCCUCGCCUUGCCCCCAAGGUGCCUCUCUGUUCCUCUCAGCGGACUACAUGGUGCUGUGGGAUUCAGCAUCCUUCACCCGCCGUGUCAUAUCGGACGGGCAGCGGGUCACGUGGGUGUGGAACGACGACGACUAUCAUGAGCUCUCAGCAGGGUCAGUGGGCUCGGAGCCGUUUCUCGGGUUUGGAGCGGGGCGGCUCGGCCUAUCACGGCUUGCCACGUGUGCAUGGGAUAAGAUCGGCCCCAGAGAUGCGUCAGAUGAGCCUGCACCAUGCGUGCUGCGCUCUCCCGACGACACAUCACCACCGCAGUUUGCAUACACCAAGGUGUUUGGCACUGCGCGGGACAUGGCAGUGAGAGACUCGCCUCAGUCACUCACGUUCACACUUAUCCGCGCCAGGAAUGAGACAGGUGCGUGCAUGGGUGCAUGUGGCAUGGCACUAAAUGUGCACGGGUGCAUGAGUGCACAGAUGGGUGGAUGGUUGUUUGGCACGGCCCGAGACAUGGCAGUGAGUGGUUCUCCUCAGUCGCUUGCAUUCACUCUCAUCCGCGCCAGGAAUGAGUCAGCUCGGGACACGGCAGCGAGAGAGGGACUCUCCCCGGUCACCCGCAUUCACUCUCAUCUCAUCCGUGCCAGGAAUGAUUCAGCACCUCACCUCAACACCAAGCACCUCAUCACGCAACUUCGGGCCGAUAUCAUCCUCCACAAGGAGGAGGGAGGGAAAAAAGAAAUCCAGAUCAACCAGCUCGAGAAGCAGGUCGAGUCAUUGGAGCGGGAGAAGAGCUCGAUGAAGUCAGAGCUGGAGGCGAAGACAGAGGCGUUCGCGCAACUACAGAAAGCGUUCGACGCACUGAAGAAUACCGCGGCGACAAGCGCAGCUGCAAAUGUGGGGGAGAGCGAGAGCGUGCCGCAGACGGCGACCGAGGAAGCCACCCCGGAUCCACAGCAAGCCUAA